UAGCAUUGCGGAAACAGACAAAAGUUGGAAGAAUUCAAUAGGGAAGAAGUUCGAGAAAAUCCAACAAAAUACUUCACACGAAAACCGAAAAUCGUCGAAAAUUACGAAGUAUGUUACGAUACCUCAACCAAUGCUGCCAUAUGGACGCAACACAAAAUGACACAUCCCAUAAUAUUCGAAAAAUUUGACGGAAGAAGUGAAUCACUGACUCCAGGGGCAAUCAGCACAGACGGUUUUUUAUUAAAAAACACCAAUUUUGAACAAAUAAAGCGAAUCUACGAACUGCAGGACGAAGUACACAUUCAGAAUCUUUUCAUUAAUUCAAUAAUUUAUCAAAAAAUUGAUCAAAAUAGUUAAUUACAUCUUCUGUUUAUCAAUUAUAGAAAACUCCUCUGUUGGAACAUAAAAUGCAGCCUCAGCCAUUAGUACCUCCGGAACAUUUCGUUUUCAGAAUAUGGAAAAAAACAACCAAUCAUAUCAUCAACACGGCUCCUCUGCUGGAAAACCUCGUUCCGUUAAUGUCCGCUAUAAACAUCGGUUUGAAAAAAGCUCAAAUGAAGUUGUACAUUUUGAAUCCAACUUCAUCAUACGUCAGGUUGAGAUUCUAUACUAGAGUUACGAGUCUAAGUCUACCACCACUGAUAGACGAAAAUCCAUCAUUUGAGCAACUUUUACAACCCAGUAUUUGGCAUAAAUUCAUUUACCAUGAAGUUGAAAAGAAAGGUUUGCUAAUUUAUAUCCAUAAUACACUGGAGGAGCCUUCAACUGAUCAGAGGAAAUGCGAAGACGUUGUACAAUGUGAAUUCGACAGGUGGUCCAACGACUUCCCGACAACGGUUUUAAUACAGGAGAAUUUACAAAAUUUUGCUUAUUGUUGCUCCGUAACUUCGGAACAUAUCAAAGAAAUUUUUUUCAUCGACGUAGAAAUCAAAGGCACUUUAGAUUUGAAUGGGUUAAUAUCCAAAGGUCGUAAACGUCAAAGACGAAAUAUUUCGGAUAUGUUUCCAAAUCAAAAGAUCACACAAAUCGCAGAAGGUUCAAAAAGUAAGCAAGAAAGUACAAUGAAAACCAAAAGUCGAGGUAGGCCUAGGAAACAUAUUAAAGAAGAGAAAAUUUCGGAAUCAUCUUCAAAAAAUGUGCCAGUCAAAGAUUCAAAACAUUUGGAAAAGAGUAAGAGAAAUAAAACUCGAGACACCCGCAGUAAAAGUAAUACACGAAAUAUUUCGGAAAUACCUGCAGAAGAUGAGACAGUCAAAGGGUCUAAGAAUAAAGAAGGGAGUAGAAGAAACAAAGUUCGAGACAAGAAGUCUAGACAUAGAAAAAUUUCUGAAUUAUUUUCAGAUGAUGUGGUGGCAGUCGGAGACCCUGAUAACUGA